CAGUCUUUCUCUCUCUUUCAGUUAUAGACCACAAAGAGAUAUAGAGAGAGAAACAUCAAAUUCAUAGAAAUGGAAGCUCGAGAAACCAAACAACAACAACAACAACAACAUCGUAAACAAAGAUCAUUAUCCGAUGACGCCGAUUCUCUCCACGAUUGUUUCCAUUCUCCUCUCCAUUCCGACGAUCCAGAUCCAAUCACGUCGCCAUCCAAGGCAAUUGUCGUCGUCGACAAGUCAAUCUCUCCUAUUCCAUCUCCAAAACAUUUAAACAAACAGAAGAACCGUUCGCCGGUUGUGGUGGUUAAUCGAUCUGUAAAGGAUGACGGGGCACCUAGUGUUACGAAAGUUAGCGCAGGGGAUUUGGAAGGAGGCGGUGGUGGUGGUGGUGGUGUGGGAGGAGAAAGACAAUCUAGGUCGGCAGUUACUGCGAUUUUGAGAAGGUCUAAAAGAGCUGUGGUGUUGAAAAAGGUUGAAUUAGGGUUUAGGGUUUUAGAGAUGGUGUUAUGUUUGAUCUCUUUCUCGGUUAUGGUUGCUGAUAAAACUGAAGGAUGGAGUGGUGAUUCUUUUGAUCGUUACAAGGAAUACAGGUACUGUGUAGUGAUGAGUGUGAUUGGUUUUGUAUAUGGUGCAUUUCAAGCAAGUGACUGGACAUAUCAUCAUGUGAAUGGAAAUCAUGUUAUACCACCUCAAUUUCGUUAUCAUUUUGAUUUCUCAAUGGAUCAGAUACUGGCGUACCUACUAAUGUCAGCAUCGUCGUGUGCUGCCACGAGAGUAGAUGACUGGGUAUCAAAUUGGGGCAAGGACAAAUUCACAGAAAUGGCUACCGGAUCUAUUGUAAUGUCAUUCCUAGCUUUCGCAGCCUUUGCUGUUAGUUCUCUCAUCUCCGGUUACAACCUCUGUAACAAGUCAUCUGGUGGCGUAAACUAGCUAUUUUGUCAUCCAUCAAGAACAGUAACAAGAAAUGUUAUAGAAAGCAGAUGUUCUUCAUGAAUACGAAACUGCUGCUUCUGCUUCUUCUGCUGCUGAAACUCGAAAAGCAUUCAGUGUUGGAGAAGAGAUUCUUCUUCUUCUUAUUCCAUAUCAUCAAUUCAUCAUCAUGAUCAUCAUGCAGGCCGCAACUACUACUACUGUAAUUAACAACCAAGAGAAUUCAAAUUUCAUGAGAUAGAGGGAUAUUACUGUAAUUUGCUACCAUACCUAAUAAUAAUAAACUACUACUCAUUCUUCACACUUGUUUUAUAUUUUGGUGAAUAUGGUUUGUUAUUCUU